AUGAAAGAUGAGUUGGAGCGGUUGCGAGCUCGCUGUAGUGCUUUGGAGGAAGGUCUGACCACGAUUGCCCCACGACAUGCCCCAAAUCUGCUUCGCCAACUGAGCCGCGGCGAGGCGCCGACCUGGGCUGAUGUUGCUCCUUCUUUGCCAGGAACACCAAGUGCUUGUGAUUCUGAUGACGGUGAGGGGCGAUUGUUACAUGAUCCGGAUGGCGCCUCGAGGUUUCUGGGCGAAUCAUCCGGGGCCACCUUUCUCGAUCAACUGAAGCAGUUCAUACGCACCCUACUGCGGUCCCUCGCGUAUGUUCCUGGCGCUGAUGAUGGAUUCGGCUUUGUGGCCUCGGUUGGAUCGUACCAGACGUAUGACUCGAGGCCUUUGGCGAACCCCAAUGUUGAUCCUCAUUGGCUGCCCUCGCAGCCGGAAAUAUCAACCAUGCUCCAUGAACUUCGUCAGUAUAUCCAAGACGGAAACGGAGCCUUUAAAUCGGGCGGCAUUUUCUGGUGGGGCGAUCUUGAGCAGCUGCCAGUUCCCCUGGCGAGUCCCAUGUCCAUCACAGCGAUGACGAUGAACGAUGCCCACCGAUACUUGGCGUUCUACCAUGCCUGUUUUGCGCUUUCUGUCUCGUUACGACACUCCUCUUUGCGUUUGUCAGACUACCAGUCCGGGGAGGCGUACUUUAAACGUGCUCGAAUGUUGUUGGGCAAUCCAGUGGAGACGGUUCAUUUCGCCCUAGAGGAUGUUCCUGCUCUGUCGUUGAUGGGUUACUAUCUCAUCGAGGUCAAUCGAAGGGACGCUGCGUACAUGUAUGUGAGCUUAGCUGUCCACACAGCAAUCAUACAUGGCUCUUUCAGACAUGCGGUCGACGAACGUAGCAAGCGAAUGUUCUGGACGCUGUACAUCAUGGACAGGUGGAUCAGCAUGCUGAUGGGGAGGCCCCCAAUUAUACCGGACGAUGCGAUCCGACUUCCACUUCCAGCUCCUGAUCCUUCCAUGCCUCCUUGUGUAGGUCUUUGUGCGAACAUCAGGCUCGCCAAGAUUUCCGGAUACAUCGUGCGUGAGACCUAUGGCAUUGCUCCUCGAUAUCCUAGAGCCGUAGGCUCUGAGGAAAACAUCAAACGGGCACUGAAGAUGCUUCACGACUGGUAUUCGCAGCUCCCGGAAGAACUCGAGUUCCGCCCCGAUCAACGACCGCUGGACUCAGCCUGUUGCACGUUGCACAUGUACUACAACCAGCUCAUCAUACUGACAACUCGCCCCAUUUUCUUCGCCGCUAUCAAGAAAGUGGUUGCGCAACGAAUGUUGGGUGGGGCGAGUCCUUCGGAGGUGCAUGUGCAUGAGACAUACACCCGCCUGUGUAUCGAAGCAGCCCAACGCAACUUGGAACUUGCUCGACACCUCCAGUCUACGAAUCAGAAUUGGCUGCAGUCUGGUCUCCACUUCUUGUUCAACGCUGCGGUAAUUUUGCUGCUGAAUCGCAUCCACUUGGCCCAUGGAGAGAACAUCGUCCCUAAUCGCGCGAUUGAAGGCCAAAAUGCCGCAGUAGUUGGCUUUGCCAUUCACGUUUUCCAGCAGGAAGCCGCGACUGGCACAAGCUACCCCCAAGACUGUUGUAGGGUCUUGCAGGAUCUGAACUCCCUGACCGAGUUGUAUGCGGUCACAGUCGUGCAACACAAACCGAAUUUGCAGCAGGGGCGGGUUGGUCGGAAGAUCCACACACCUGUCCUGCAGCCAGCUAUAUUUUCUCAACAGCGACCUUUACAUGGAUCGAACGACGACUGCACCGUUUAUGAGAGGAUGAUGACCUGGGCGCAGACAGACAGUUCAAAUCUGCUCGACGCGUUCAACAUCUGA